AUGGAUAUGGGUAAUUUCAGGGCGUUGUACCCUCUGGUGCACUUGCUGGUGGCGCUGUGCGUCCACUGGGUCGCUGAGGAGAUGACGGUGUCCGUGCUUGUGGACGUCACGACCGGCGCGCUUUGCCCCGGCGAGGAGACCUCCUGCCCCGAGGCCAUCUACCUUACUGGGAUCCAGCAAACAGUAAGCCGUCGACUGCCUGUUCUCUGCUCCUCUCUCCCCUCUCCGCAUAACGCGUCGCUUCGUUUACUGGGGAUUGUGAGACGCUAAACUUUUCGGCCUUGAGGGUAGCGUCUGUGUUGAUGGUUUGCCAUUGGACGUUAUUUAUUUAUUUUCAAUCUCUUGAUUGAACCUGUAGCUUAUGGUUUUGUUGCCUCUCCUGAGGAUGAUGGUGUGCUUCUUUGAGACAGAUUUCUCUUUUGUCUUGAAGGUCGUAGGAAUUUUCAAGAUGGUGAUGCUCCCUUUAUUGGGUCAGCUCGCAGACGAGUAUGGGCGCAAACCAUUGCUCCUUAUCACUAUGUCUACAUCCAUAUUUCCGUUUGGUAUGAGUCUUGCGACAUCAGAUCUCUCUCCCCAGUGAACCUCUCUUGGCUCGCUUUCAUAUCUAUGGGACUCUCUUGGUUUAAACUCUGACCUUGGCGAUGCCUUCCCCUACUUAAUUCUCAAUUAUGGUACUUAAGAUUUGAAUGCAAUUUCUUUUCAAUCCUCUCAAGAUGAGCUUCUACGUGACUUCUUUUAUUGGGCUCCUCAAGUAUUGUUUUGUCUAUCUUUAUUCACGUUACAAAGGUCUUACAGGUAUGCACGAGGUGUAGACUUUAUGCACUGUAUUAUUAUGUUAUGCCUGAUGUCUAUUGCUGAAGAAUAUAUUUAUCUCAGAAGCUUAUUCCCUGUUUAAUGCACUCUGUUCCAACAAAGUAUACGAAUGCUAAAAUAGUAGGUGCACUGUGCUUCAUGCCUUCUACUUUUACUAUACUGUCUAUUUUUUUUUAACUGAGAGUUUAUCGUUUUUCAUUUACAGCUGUACUUGCCUUGAAUGCAUCAAGGACAUCUGUCUACGUGUACUACGUUCUUCGCACAAUUUCUUUUAUCAUUAGUCAAGGAAGUAUAUUCUGUAUAGCUAUCGCUUAUGCGGUAAGAAUCUUGCCUGAGGUGCUAAUUCAGUAUUUACGAAAGUAAUGACUAAUCUGCGUUUACAAUCCUUAUUGCAAAAAUCUGUUAACUGUGAUUUGAUGGAUGAAUCAUGAUGAUGAUAAUGAAUUUUGCUUUAGAUCAGCAUACUCUAGGAGGUCCCAGUCCACCGUUUCCAACUCUUCAGUCCAAUCACACUAUGGAGGCUUAAGCGAUUUUUUUAUUAUUUCGUCCAGUCACACCGGAUUUCAUUCAUUGCAACCAGCUGCAUCAUUUUACUACACUGAUAUCUUUUAGUAGUGGCAAGGCAUCUGCAUUGGAUUCGAUCUACUGGACUAGGACCAGAAAAAUGUUGCCAUUCAGACCGAGUUUAUGUCACAUUGAUGAACUCGUUGCUAUCGUGUCCUGCUGAAUUCUCAUGGAAUUGUUGUAACAAGUCUUCAAUUUAUUAGGCAGAUCUGAUUGAAAGCAGUAAGAGGGCCGGAGCUUUUGGAUGCAUCACUGGGCUGUUCUCUGCUUCCCAUGUGGUGGGAAAUUUUCUGUCUCGAUUCCUUCCAGAGGAGUACAUUUUUGUGGUAUGAUCAUGUUCCUUGAAUAGACUUAUUAUUUAAAUUUUCUCUCUUGAUUUUUUCAUCUCACUGGGAAUGGUGAACAUUCAGGUGUCAAUAAUUCUAUUGGUCUGUUCCACAAUUUACUUGAAACUGUUUCUGGUCGAAACAGUUGACAUGACUUCAAGGCCAAGCCAGCGUGAACCAUGUUUUCAGAUGACUUGGAGGAUCUUACAGCAGCGCUGGACCUCAAUGAGAGAUACUGUCACUGUGUUGACCACUAGGUUUGUUUCCAAGUUACUCUAUUGCCUGAAGCUGGAAAUGAUUUUCAUGUGCACUAUUACCUGGUGACUUUUAUCAUCUUGCCCUGUUAUGCUUUUGAGAUGAGUGUUCUGGUUCUGUCAGUAUUUAAGAUUAUGUCUUUUCUCUCCUGCUAUACACAGAGGGGAUGUUGUUAAAUUAACACUAUAAUGUAUUGGAAGAAAAAGGAAUUUUGGCAACGUACUGCAAUAAUCAUAUGUCAAGAAAUCGACUCAGAUCAUAAUAAAUUCGAAGAAUUGUAGAUGGAUAUGGCACAAACUGAAUUCAUCUAUAUUAUAGUAUAUGUGCUGAUUAUUAUUAUUAGAAUUGAAUUAUGACCUCCUAAAUAAGCCCUGUGAUGCUUUUCGAAGUUGAUAUAUUGUCCUACAGCAUGGGGUAGCUUCAAGUCCUGGGAUCAAUGGCAUUGCUGGGGCUCAUAACUUUCCUUUGAUUUCAUUAUUUCGCGAUAAAUAUAAAAAGUAUAGUUACUUAUUUUUGGUAUUUUAUUUGCAUGACAUUGCAUUUUUACUUGAUCGAUGUCAAUAGAAUGUCAUAAUCCAUUGAAUCUGGCAUCAUCAGCAUCAGUCUUGCCUACCUCGGUGGGCUUAGAGAAUCUCAAAAUGAGUGUUGCUGGCUUGUCAUGAGUACAGAGAAUUGGUAUAAGAAAAAAACAAUCAGGUGUCAAACACGAAAAGCAUAACAAAUGACUGAUGAACUGAUGAACAAAAAUAUAACUGAUGAACAGCUCUUGCUGAAUUACAUCUUUCUUCGUUCUGUGGAGAGUAGAUAUGCAUUUUUAAAUGUCUACUUCUUUAUAUUCAGCAGCAUCGUCUUCAGAAACAACAACACAUUUCAUUUGUCUGAAUUAACCUGAUCAUUUUUCUUGGCUAAAAUUCUCUGUUUUACUUCACAGUCAGACACUAAAGCGGAUUUCUUUCAUAUCCUUUUUCUAUGAGUUGGGGAUGUCUGGCAUCAGCAGUGUCCUGCUGGUAUGUUUUCUGCUUCCUUUCUCUUCAGGCAUGAUAAAAGAUUAAGAAACAUAUGGCACGAGUCUUUGUCAACAUAAAUGUGAUGUCCUCCAAUGCAACAUGCAGCAUGCGGUUUAAUGCUCGUGAUUACAGCUGUAAUGUUUUUUAUGUUUUCAUUAUCAUUUUGAUGGGGCAAAAUGAUUGAAAAUGGAUUAUUUUGAUUUCCAUAUCCAGAAAAAAAAUUGGAAUAAAGUAUUAAAACAUGGGACGUAUUUCUGGUGCAACCAUGCUUCCUCCCUUUUGCUGGGGUGGCGGCAAAGGACAGACCAUUCAUGCUCCUUUGUUCUCCCCCUUUACUCUGAUAUUAUCCAUUGCAUUAGUUAUGCCACAGUUUCUCCAAGACGAUUGGCACUGCGGUUUGGUAGAGUUCAUCUAACCUGUCUCCAGCAUGCUGCUGGAGAACAUACAGAAGGGACACCCUGGUGAGCCAAUCGCAUCUGUUGAUCGCCCACUUGGGUUUGGUUCUUGUUGCCCAAAAGCUCUGCUUGCUACUACUUUCAAGUUUCUCUUGCUUACAUUUGUUGAUGGCAACCCAUGAGACUAAGCCGACCUGACAGCUCACUGCUUGUCCCUUUUGCAGGACAGCGGUAACCUUGAAUCAGAGCUGUUCUCUCCUAGCCCCAUCAUUCUCCUUUCACAGGGCAUGAUUCCCCAGGCCAUCUGUACCUCUUCCACCUGCCAUUAGCCUUUCUUUGCUUAGCAGACGACUGGAUCUUUUUUUUAUUUAUGCAAACAGCCUCCAAAGGAAUCCCAUGUUACCCUCAACUAAAUUGUUAUUCAUACGAAUAAUCUUUUUAUGUCCGCUGUGAUAGAUCAGCCUGUGGGCGGGCUACUUAGUUUUUUAUGUUGAACUUUAAUGGGACUUGACGUAUUUGCGUUUCUUCAGUAAAAAUGAAUAACUGUUUGACACAACUUAUUUCCCUGCAGUAUUAUCUCAAGUCGGCUUUUGGAUUCAACAAGAAUCAAUUCUCAGAAAUCCUAAUGGUUGUUGGAAUUGGCUCCAUAUUCUCUCAGGUUCUGCUCAUGAAUUUUCUUGCAAUUACUGCAUCAUCUCUUGAUAGCUGGUGAUUUACCUUUCACAUUCCUCUUUCCGGAGACGCUCAUUUCUCAUCUUUAAUCGCCCUCUGGAGUUUGGAUUAGUUAUCUUGCAUACUUUUAAAGAAAAGUGAUUCGUGCUCCUCUUUCUUCUAUCUUUAAAUUAUGUUCCGGUUCAUCUAAUCCAGUUUCUGCACUGAUCAAAAUGAAAAAAAAAAAAUCUAUGUUCUAGAGAAAUCGAAUGAACUAGGCAUAGUUGCGGAUAAAAUUGUUCCCAUAGAUGCCUACUCGAUUCCAGUUGAAAUACUGAUAAUAAUAAUAAUAAUAAUAAUAAUAAUAAUAAUAAUAAUAAUAAUAAUAAUGAUAAUAAUGAUAAUAAUGAUAAUAAUAAUAAUAAUAAUGAUAAUAAUAAUAAUAAUAAUAAUCCGAUUGUGGUUGGAACUCACCUAAUGUCCUAGGGUAUUCAUCCGGUAGGACUUCAUCCGAUUAUUAUUAUUAUUUCCAUCAUCAUCGUCAUCAGACUGAAGUGCCUGUGUGGCUAUUUUUUUGUAUGCUUCAGAUUCCAUCUGCAGAAUGGAAAUAUUAUCAACAAUCAUUUUCUUAAUAAUUGUUCUGAAAAUGUUUAUUGGACUUUUGAAUUUAGAUCAUCUUGCUUCCUCUUAUCAAUCCCUUCAUCGGAGACAGAGGGGUACUAUUCGCCGCUUUGAUUUCAUCACUUGCCUACGUAAGUCUGAUCAUACAGAACACUUGAUGCUCCACGGACUAAUUGCAGCAGAAAUUCUCUCUAACGCAUCUCAUGUUUUCAGGGCUUGCUCUAUGGUCUUGCAUGGGCCCGUUGGGUAUGUUCUCUGCACCAUUUCAGAUAUUUCCUUGGUUUACUAUUCAAAUUUAGGGGCACCAUUUGAAGAGCUGAGAUCUCUUAGGGAACACACAGGCGAAUUUGAUUUUAUUAGGCGUUUACUUAAUUUCCUCUAAUUUCUUUGGCCUUCAAGAUGGACCCGAUGGCUGGCAUAUGGGAGAAAUUGUCAAAGCCUCUAUUAUCUCUGUACUAGUUUAUUCUUUUCUCUAGAGCAACAGGUAGGAGGGUCCUCCUUAGGUUUUGAAAAAAGAUUGCCUUUUUAUGGAGAAAGAGAAAGGUGAAAGUUUAAUUAGUGCCCAAGUGAAGUAGAAACCCUUACAAAAACCCCUUUUUUUCUGGGCUUGAUUCGUAAUUUUCCCAUUAUUUUUAUGUGCAACCCUAACAUCAGAAGUCUCUUGCAGGUGCCUUACCUCAGUGCCUCGUUUGGAGUUGUGUAUAUCCUCAUGAAACCAGCUGUAAGUAACCUUGAGACAAGGUUUAGCCCAGAAACCGUGUCUUAGAAUGCUCCGCCAUACAAGUUUUUGCUGUUUUUGGGGUCCUUCGGCAGCCUUAGUCGUAUAUUUUAUUUGCACUAUGCUUUACUCAGUAUAUUUGAUCGAUAAAUGAGUCUGCCCGUUGACUUUUUUCGCCGUUUGACUUUUGGGUUUGGUUUUUCUGUCCGGAACAGACAUACGCAAUCAUCUCAAAGGCGACCGUCUCGGAUAACCAGGUUCGUCCUCCGCUGCACUCUCAUUCACCACCUCUUCUUCUUCUUCUUCUUCUUUUUCUUCUUCAUCUGAUGUUGUCAAGCUGGUGGCUCCCAGGGGAAGGCGCAAGGGUUCGUUGCCGGAGUUCAGUCUGUGGCAAGCUUUCUCUCUCCUCUGGUGAUGAGCCCCCUCACCUGUGAGUUCUCUCUCUCUCUCUCUCUCUCUCUCUCUCUCUACCCACUUGAUUGAGGUUCUGCUGUAUCUCCAUCCUAUAUCCUCUCCUAGUAACACAAUUGUCGUCGUGUUUUCCCCUGUUUCAGCCCUGUUCAUAUCGGACGCCGCUCCGUUUGACUGCAAGGGCUUCAGCCUCAUCUGCGCAUCCGUCUCCAUGGUACCCUACCUCUUUCUCUCUCUCUCUCUUCCUUUCUCUCUCUCUCUCUCGCUAUAGCUCACUCCAUGGUUUGUCAUGGUGGGCGGGGGGUGCAGGUGAUCGCCCUCUGCCAUGCUUGUUAUCUGACGCCGGAAGAGCCUGGGCCAGAGGGGUCCAUCGAAGCUCCGCUUCUCUCCUGA